CAUCGAUUAGUGUGGUGCGUGGUUCGCGUUGUUGCUCCGCUCCGUUUAUCCGGGUGAUCGUCGCGCGACACGGUCCCCCUCUCCGGGAGUCGGUUCCCUCGCGCCUCGGCGAAGCGUCGCGGGAAGUGAGACCAGCCGGGACCUCCUCGAGGCCCCGCGGAAGGAGCACGAUGCGGCCGAGGAUAUACGUCGUUCUGGCGGUCGCCUUCGCGGCCGUGGCGAGAUGCAACGCCGCAACCGAGAAGGAGCAGGCCAGCAAGGAGAGAUCGACGGGCAGCACGACGUACAACUCCUUCCCCGACGACCUCUACCUGGACGACCAGGACGGAUUGGAGGGCUCGGGUCGAGGAGGCGGCGAGGUCAGGGACGACCUCGAGGCUUCCGGCAGCGGUCUCGGUCCCGACGACGAGGACGGCGACGAUGGCCGAGAUUUCACCAAUCCGAACAGGAUAGAGCCGGCGCCCGAUAAACCAGUAGAGCCGAAGACCACCUACGUCGAGGAGACGAACACCAAGGUGAAACAGCCCAGCGUCGUCGAGACGGUAAACAGGCCCGACAACGAGGUCGACCUGGUCGAGCCCUCGGGUGGCGACGACCACGAAGAGGACGCGGAGGACACCCACGAGGUCUACAUCAUGAAUCCGAAGCACGAGGAUCGCGCGAGCUCCUUCUUCGCGCAGCCAGGAGUUCUCGCCGCCGUGAUCGGAGGCGCGGUGGUGGGCCUGCUGUGCGCCAUCCUGGUGGUGAUGUUCAUCGUCUACAGGAUGCGCAAGAAGGACGAGGGCUCGUACGCCCUGGACGAGCCGAGAAGAUCGCCGGCGGCGCAGGCGUACCCCAAGCCCGGGGCACCGCACCACAACCGGGAGUUCUACGCUUGAGGGCCAGGGCCCCUGGAAAUCGUCAGGUCGGGCCCCGCCGACCUCGGGACGAGGAGACACUGAUCGCGCGAGGACCUGGCGAGCGACCGUCGCACCUGGAAUCAGACGCUCCCGGGACCCGGGGCUGAGCCGGGGGUCGAGCGAUGAUCCCCGACCGGCGACACGAGGUCGCCCUCGAUCGACUCCUCCGACCCGAGAAGCGCCUCGAGGGACCUCGUCGGCUUCUCCAGGGCGCGUCCCGAGGCCGGUGGAGGCAACCUACGGCCGAUUCCAGAUGCGCUCGCCCAACUCGUGUAGCCUGUAGGAAUGCUCGCGGAAGGUGGACGUAAGGUGGACCAGACGGAACGGCGGGACGAUCCGAGGACGAGCGUCGCUCGUUUCCGCUCGACUCGACUCGCCGACGACUUCCUCCCGCGAGUCGCGUCUUCGACCUCGUCGGCGACCGCUGCAACGAUCGUCGUCCCCGUGCCGAUGGGUGCCCAAUCGAUUUACGGAACCCCGGUCCGUCUCCCAAUCCCGGAAUGCACUUGUCCUAGAACUCGAGGGGACUCCGUCGAGGGUCCCGAUGUCUCUCUCCUUCUCCCGACCGUCUUUCGGCUCACUCGAAAUCCCUCUCGGUUGCAAGCGAAAGGGACCUCGAUUUUGUCGGCCGGCGCCUUGUACGGCCACCGAGUCUCGUUUCUCCUGGCGCGUCCGUUUAUGGAAGCGUUGCCGACAUCCGAGAUCUCUCUCGCGACCAACAAGAGGUGCAAUGUCGACUCCCUUCGGCGAAUCAAAUAGUCACGUCCGUAUAAAGCGCGUUUAACGCGUCGCAUAAAGGCGAGCCUGUUCGGGAGUAAGCGUACUCGCGAAUGAGUCAUUAGGCAAGGUCGGUGGAAUUAUCCUCUGGGGGCACCUAUGGCACGGGACGGUGGUUUCUAUGCAGACGACUCGUAGGAAGGAGGCGAAGUCGCUCGCGAGUUGAUCGGAGAUUAACGCCGGUUGAUCGGGGGUUAACGCGAGUCGAUCGGAGAUUAACGCGAGACGCGGAAACGAUUGCCGUUGCGCCUCGUGGCCUCGGCGGGCGAUCCUGCUCCCCGAGGAGAGGAGAAAACUUUUACUAAUUAAUUAAUUUAACUUGUGUAGCUAGAGAGAGAGAGAGAUAGAUAGAGCGCGUGUGUGUGGGAGAGUGCGUGAGAAAGGAAGAGAGAAAGAGUGGGAGAGAACGAGCGAGAGGUGGAAGGCAUUAAUCUAGGCGAACGAGAUGCGAUUGCUCGCGUUUCCCGGCUUGUUUCUACUUUUCCAAGGCGCGAGGAGAGAUGCGUUUCUCGACAACUCGCCGGAGGAGGAAACGAUAACGCGAUGUCGACCGGUCGCGGAGACGUCCUUUGGGAUUUGAAGGGAAGCUCAACCCUUACGGCCUUGAAUCUUCCUUUAUUCCGAUGGUGGGGAAAGAAAAAAGGAAAAAUGUAGAACUUGUUCGCGGGUAUAGGCGAUGUUAUCGUUUACUCGGGCGAAUGCAAGAUGUGUAAGAAGUUUCUAAUGUAACGAUGUCGCGAGAUACCGAAUCGCCAACUUGUAUUUGCCUUUUAUGUACGAGGAUGUCAGGGUCGAGGGGUUGGGGGGUCCUGCGUGGGAUUUUUUGGAGAAUUAUUACCGAUGGGCGAGACCGUAGAAUUUCAUGCAGGGACGCGUCUCACGGAGGAAUGAUCUCGAAGAGAAGGAUAGUUUUAUUCUUACCGCGUCCGACAGGGCAUAUCACGAGGAGACGCGUUUUAGCUAAACGUCGGACCACCUCCGACUGCACCGCAUUUGCCAUAUUAUCGUUUAAAAUGGAGGAAAACGAGACAGCGUCGCUCCGAGGAUUUCUUCUCGAUAUUUAUUAAGAGGGCCCGAGUGCCGGCCCGACGCGGGGGGCCGUGGUUAUUUAUUCAUUGUUUUACCCCUCUCUUUCAUUUCACCUUGGACCUCCCGAUUCUCCUAGACGAACCUUCGAUCCGCCAUCUUGAGAGAGUCACGGUCAAACCUUCCCCUGUUUGCGAGAAACCCUCCUUUUUGCCCGUGAACGACCGACGGCAUCGGGAAGUGUUUCGAACAAAAGUUGUUCCGCGUAUUGUUCCGGACAACUUUUGUCAGGCAGGUUUUCUUGUGUCGCGGGACCCGUUCGAAUUAAUCGACUUCGCAAGGGGUGUUUACUGAAUUCCGACUCGAUGCGGCAAUGCCGUAUUUACAACCCGUCGUUUGUCCGUCCUCCUGUCUUCUGUACCGCAUCCGCGUUCUUCGAUUUUCCUCCGUUGCUUCAUUUCUCGACACCGUCCUAUCCGGUACCGAUGCAAUCGGCCAAAUAUCAAGCAUUGGUUUUGCAAGGUCGUAUUUUCCUUGUAGAUCAAUUUUCGAGCGGCUGUUAUCCAUUCGGAGGCUCCGCUAACGCGUAUUAACGCCGAGGUUAGGAAAUCGAGAGAUUAAUAUCAUGUCGAUACUGCCAUUUAUUACGUAAGAGAAUUGAGAUUUGGUACGAGUCCCUCGCGAUUCCGCCGUAUUCCAUUUUAGGUCUCACGUUCGACCAACGAUUUAAUAUACCCGUUGCUUUACUAUCGAUGAUUUUAAAUCUUUCAAGUUGAAUCUACUCGCAGCCUUUACCGAUCUCCGGUCUAUUCUUUCUGUUCCUUUUUUUUUCUUCUUUUACACCAGUUACUUGCGACGUCUCGCAUUUGAUAACCACAUUGUAUUAGAUUUCUCCUCGAAAGUGAAUUGUGCUUUCCGGAACGCAGCCGGAAGUGCUAGUCGAGAUCUUUAUACGAGUAAAACCAUGACCUUGGCGCCAUUGAGUCGCGAAUGAUGAUUCCGCGCGAAUGCGCUUGAGAGGUACCGAUAAAAAGCCGAUCAAUGUAUUCCUCUUUGCGAAAACAAAAUUGCGCAAUACCGAGAUAGCGCGUCCAACGUAAAAGAUAAAAACCGCCGUUCAUUCCAGACACGAGUUCUCUUGAAACGCGUAACACGAUAAAAUAGUACUCCGUUCGAUGCACCGAAUUCUUCCGAUCAGCUGAUCGACCAAAAACAUACGUCAAAUCGAACUUAGUCCAGCGGACGUUUCUCCGCAUUUUCAAGGGAAAAGUGACUUCUCCUUUAUGUCGAUCCACCGACAGAUGCACAUUGACCAGAAACCAUUUAACAUCGGCUAGGUCGACUUUUUUUAUUCCAAGUAGCACCCUCGUCGAUCGGAUAAAAAUCGACGAGCCGUGUAGUAAACGUAAAAAACUAACGUUAAGAGAUAUCGCUUACGGUAAUUAGAUUAACUAACGGUAUAAUCGUUUAAGAGUCGCUUACUUUGUCCCCUUCUUCAUCGAUAAUUUAUUUAAUCGCUCAUCGGUGGUUCCCGCCUCGAAACCUCCUUAUCUUCCCCUUCUUCUCUGUCACCUUCCCCCGUUAUCGUCAGUGUUUACGUUGCUGCUGUACAUUUUUUUUUUCUCCCCUCUUUUCCGAUUUCCACUUCUUCGGGGGUUCCAUGUCGAAAUGCCCCUCCUGAGCCCGCGAGGAAAAUCUCACACUCCUUUCCUUGCUCUCGAGCAAGGUAAACGGAACCUGGAACUGGAUUGUAAUCUUUAUCAUUCUAAUGAUAUAUAGACAGAACUCGACAGACAUAAGUAAUUAAUUGUCCACGUGGGAUCAGGGUCAACGCGAGAUGGUCGGUCCUUCUCUGGAUAAAUAUUUAACAGGAGCGAGGUACGUUAAAUUAAACCCCGACAUUGAUGGCGAUCCUCUCGAUUCAACAAUUGUUAUCGUCGCUCCGUAUUUCCUGAAAUUAACGAGAACUGCCGUUCGUCGCGUGUUGAAUCGAAGAGGAGACAUUUACUCGUCCCACGUGGCUCAUUAAUACUCCAAGAACUCUGUCUACAUUCUAAGCGAAAUAAUAAUUGUAAUGAAAUCAUAUUUUAUAAGAGGUUGUAUUCCAUAACACUAUAGCGACUAAAAGAUGUCAAACUAGAGAAUCAUAGGCCAGGUGGACGAAUGAAUAAUAAUUUUAAACUGAUAAUAUUUAAUGAUAACGGUAAUUAACAAUGUUACUUUUUUAAGUGUAAGUAUCGUUUCCCUAGCGCAUACAUAUAUGUGUAUAUGAUAUAUAUACAUUUAUAUAUAUGUACUUAUUCCCACGUCAGUGCGGUAAAGUGUCAUUUUUAUGACUCCGAACUUGUCACUGGUUGUUGCUUUACUGCCUUUAAAACAUUUCGGGCAAGGUCUAUCGAUCGAGCAUACGACAGGGAUUAUCGGUUUUAUUGCGUGGUCCAAUUAUCUAGGAUACUGCUGAUUUCUUUUAAGUAAAUUAUUGAUUGCCCGAUGAUGCGCUGGUAUAGAAAAUAUUAAACAUUCGGUGUGUUAGGAUCUCAGACAUUUUAUUACAAAACGUGUUGAACGUUAUCACCGCCUAAAGGUAUACCUUAUCUUCAUUGGUUAGCGGACCUUGCUUCGAAGGCUAGAACACUCACGUUCCGUUAACUACAUGCCGGUACAAGGAAUCGCGUUAUUUAUAGGAUGCUUCGGUGUUCGCCUGAUAAGACGACUUUCCGAAGUUGAGAACUUUUGUGGACAAAAAGAAGAAAAAAAAGAGAGAGAGAAAAAUACGAAGGAAGAAUAUAGGAUUCUCGCGUUAUCGCUCUCGCAGGCGCGUACGAUAAUAACACAUUAUUAUUAAUUAACAGGAAUUAAUAAUAAUUGCACUAUACUAGUAUGAUAACAAAUAAUAUUGUAUGUCGUCGCUCCUAUUCUGUAAAUAAACACUGUACUAUGUAAGGUA